CCAGCGGCCGCGUUGGGCCCGGAGGAGCCGGUUCUGAGCGGAGCUACCGACCGGAACGCGGACUCCCCGCUUCCGGGGCCCUCAUGGCGGGGGCAGGGCGCGGCGCGGGGGCAGCAGCCGGCGGGCGGGGCUACAGGCGCCUGCGCGGCUUCGUCGCCUCGCCCCGCCGCUGAGCGCCAGUGACGAGACUGUACCUGAGCUGGUGCUCUCUGCUCCUCCACCACCUUGUCUCUCUCACUGGAGUUCUCUGACCUGUCUACACACGAUUUCAGUAGCUUCCUUGGCGUUGGAUGGCUGGCAAAGAGGGAUGUUUAGUCUGAUGGCCAAUUGCUGUAACUGGUUAAAAGGGUGGCAGGAGCCUGUCAGGAAGGUGACACUGGUGAUGGUGGGACUUGAUAAUGCUGGUAAAACUGCUACAGUGAAAGGAAUCCAAGGAGAGUCUCCUGAAGAUGUAGCUCCAACAGUGGGAUUUUCUAAAAUUGACCUUAAACAGGGAAGGUUUGAAGUCACUAUCUUUGACUUAGGAGGUGGAAAACGAAUACGAGGCAUCUGGAAGAAUUACUAUGCUGAGGCAUAUGGGAUAAUAUUUGUUGUGGAUUCCAGUGACACAGAGAGAAUGGAAGAGACGAAAGAGAUCGUGACUGAAGUUCUAAGGCAUCCUAGGAUAUCUGGGAAGCCUAUAUUAGUGCUGGCAAAUAAGCAGGACCGAGAAGGAGCGUUGGCAGAAGCAGAUGUAAUUGAGUGCUUAUCGCUGGAAAAGCUUGUCAAUGAGCAUAAAUGUCUGUGUCAGAUUGAGCCUUGCUCAGCUGUCAUGGGCUAUGGGAAAAAAAUUGACAAAUCUAUAAGAAAAGGUCUGUAUUGGCUGCUACAUACUAUAGCAAAAGAUUUUGAUGCCUUAAAUGAGCGCGUACAAAAAGACACAACAGAGCAAAAAGCAUAUGAGGAACAAGAGAAGCGAGAAAGAGCUGAACGAGUAAGGAAGAUACGAGAAGAAAGAGAACAAAGGGAGAGAAAAGAAACUGAAUGUGAAGGAAGAAAUGUACCUAAGGAGGUUGACUCUGAGCCAAUUUCUAGCAACCCCUUCCAGCCAAUAUCUACUGUAAUCACUGAGAAUGAAAAAAGAAUUGAACAAGAGAAGAGGCAGAGGAUGGAGAUUGAAAAAGAUGCCAUUGCCUUGAAACCUAAAGCAGAGCAGGAACAAAUGGAUACACAGAGCCUGACCAGUAGCUGUAGCCAAAAAACAAAUGAUUAUAGACUGAUAGAAACAUACAAAUCUGCACUCGCACAGCAAUUGGAGCAUGAAGAAGAGGGUGACCAACAAACCUCAGAAUGCCUUGAUUCAGAUACCAGUAAAAAGAAAACAAAGAAACUGAAGUUAAAAAGGAGUCACAGGGUGGAACCAGUCAAUGCAGAGGAAGCUGUUCCCAAAAAUCCGACCCCACCUCCACCUCUUCCACCAGUUGGCUGGGGAACCCCCAAAGUUAAUAGACUUCGAAAACUUGAACCUCUUGGUGAAACCCGUCAUACUGGAGUUUAAAGAGAAGAAAGAGAAAGAAAAGCCAGAAAAGAGAUUUCUAUGGAAAGCCGCUACCUCCAUUGACUAUACGGCAGAGACCUAACAGCGACACCCAUGAUGUCAUUUCUUAACCAGAUCACAUUCUACAUUUUUAACUUAAUCACAAAAUUAUAACAAUUUUUCCUACUUGGAUACUGUUUAAAGAGUUGCUGUGAGAUGAGACAAUAAGAACCCAUUUUCUUUUCUGCCACGGGUUAGUUCUACUGGACUGGAUUGAUGAGAUUUUCUACUUGGCUUAUUAGUUACUGUUCACAUUCUCACCAGCUCUUCUUCAGGGGUUAACAGGGACAUGGAGAACAGAAAUGUUUGAGAGCACUUGCACGCACGUGGAAUUUGGGAUCAGGUUAGUACUGUUGGGUUUCAUAUUGGGGUUUACUUGCCAGACUAUAUAGCUAUAACCCUGAAGAAAAACACCUUCAAGACCAAAUGCAAAUGGAUUGGGUGUGCACAUCAAGACUGUCAUUCAUAUGUUGUGUAGUAAUCCAUAUCUCUACAGCUAAUAAUUUUAAGGCAUUUUGUAAGAUGUGUGCAUGUUAGAGUGAAUAUAGAGAAUUAUAUGCUACAAACGUUAACUAUAUUUUUAUAAUUUUUUCUAAUAUUUUAUUUGGGAAUUUGAUUUAACAUUAAUGCCUGUUACUCGCCAUCAAAAUGGUGUCUAGAAAGUGUUAAAAAUUUGUUGAUAGCUUUACCCAUAUGAAUAUAUUGACUUUUAUGUUUACUUUAUAAUAGCAAUACAUUUUGGUUGGGAUUUAUGUCACCAGUUGCCCUAAUUAUUCAUAUAUUGCCCUUCUGCCAGUCUCUGGGGUUUUUAAGAUAAACGGAUUUUACACAUAAUUAUGGUAUUUGAAUGGACUGCCUAAAAGUUUUCUUCUUAUGGAUCAUUUUUUUGUUUUGUUAAAUGGGAGUUGAUAUGCAUAGUAAAUAUGUUUUCAAAUAUCUUAAUUGAAUAUUAUAUUAUGUGCUAUAACAUAGAAUUGCACACAAUUGAAAUUUUGAACUCAUUUCAACUAAGAAUUCUGGUGAAAAAUCAAAUCAGUUAGCAUACAUGUCUGUUUAAUGUGUUCUAUAAAACACUAAAAAUGUCAUAUUGAAAAUGUAAAAAGCAGAGAUUUUUAAGGCAAUGUAAUGAGCCUAAUUCUAACCUUCCAAAUAAUGUGCCCCUGUCAUAUUUAUUUUUUUAAAAGGGAGUGGUGUGUUGGAGGAGAGAAUUGGAUUUACUGUACUUCAAAUGUUUUGAUAUAAGUUUGUAUUCUGUUACAUUUGGGAGAAUAAUUUCUAUACCAUAUGUGUACGUAUAAUUUUACUACUUAGUUGCUGGUGACUGGAAAACCUUCCCUACAACGUUAUAGUGAGGUUGAAAGCAUUUGUGAAAAAAGCACAGGUCCUAAAUCAAAGGUUUUUGGAAUAGGCAGGCAAUGGUGACUUUCUAUUACGCUACCAGCUUCCCAUCAUCUCAUACUAGCAAAAAACACUAGGCCGUGAUAAUGCAGUGAAAUAUAUUCAUCAGCUACCUUAACAUUUGAAAGCAUUGCAUGAGGUUUUAGCCACAUGACUCUUGUUAAAGUCAAUGGGAGUGACAGCUAAAACCCCACACAAUUCUUUUGAAAUGUAACCCUUACUUAAUGGUUUAAAAUAUUAGUUUGUUUUAACUAAAGCAAAACCGUCACUAACAUUAAGGAUGUGUAUUGCAUUGGGAAGAGAGAGAACUCAAAUUCAGUGAGUAAUGGGUAUGUAUAAAACCAUUUGAAUGUGACUGGAAAUAGCAGGAGAAUACUUCCCUGGUAGUGGUAAAGGGUCUGGUAUGGUGACAGGGUUCUGUUUGAGUAAAUAAUGAUACUAUUGUGAUGUACUUUGGCUUGCUUUCAAUAAACAUGUCUUAAUAUUUAGCAUUCUUUCCUUAAAAGUUUACACGCAUAAUCCCAUUAAUCUUACCAUGUCAUACACAUACAUGUAAUUAGUUACCUUGUCAUACACAUUCCUUUGGUUUGAGGGGUCUAUGUACUGCAGUUUGACACUUUUUUCAGUUUCAUCUUGACCUUUGAGUUUU